AUGUUUGGGCCUAUGGCCAUAGCGCUGACCUUCCCGCAGAUGACUGAUUCAGAUCGACCAUUCGAGAAGGCGCAGCCCAGGGGUUGUAAGAGCAGCAGAUCUCCCGCGACAAACGGCGGAAGCUCCUGGGACGCAACGAGUUACUCUGGCACUUUCGCUGGCAUACCCAUGCCGUUUACAGAAGCAAUGUCGGAGUGCGUGAACAGCUCCUCUUCCGAUGAAAGCGACUUUCUUACGCUCUUCAGCGAGCCCACACCGCUAGAGAAUCCCACCCCGUCCGUGUCUUGGAUAGAGGCUGAACUGGCAAAGAUGGAGGCGAGGGACCAACAUGACUCGCAGCACUACGAGUUUCUUUCAGAAGAUCUUUCACUGCGUGACAGGCAAAUGAUCGGGCCAUCGCUGGACUAUGUGAGCUGCCUUACUUAA